AUGACUAUUUCCAUCACUGGAGAUCCCGAAAAACAAGACCAAGACCCUUUUAUUCAAGUCCCUGAAGCAACCUAUGUGUCCCCGUACUUACAGAAAGGAUUUGAUAGCAACCAACGCACGAGAAACCAAUUUCGACCCCGCAAUGCCACGAAAGGCACGACGAGCUACCAACUACGCCAAUAUGCCGAGGCUACAUUGGGGGGAGGUAGUCUUAAGAAAAUUGUGAAGCUACCUGAAGGCGAAGAUGAAAAUGAGUGGCUAGCAGUCAACAUGGUGGAUUUCUACAAUCAUAUAAAUUUGCUCUAUGGAUCGAUCACCGAGUUCUGCUCCCCCCAGUCGUGUCCCGAGAUGAAAGCAACAGACGAGUUUGAGUAUCUGUGGCAGGACUCGGAAAAUUUCAAACGACCCACUAAGAUGCCCGCACCUACCUAUAUCGAGCACUUGAUGAGCUGGGUGCAGAGUAAUAUUGACAACGAGGCUGUCUUUCCCAGCAGAAUUGGCGUGCCUUUCCCAAAAUCCUUCCCCAGCAUGAUCCGGCAAGUUUUUAAGCGGAUGUACCGGGUCUACGCUCAUAUAUAUUGUCAUCAUUACCCUGUUAUCCGCGAACUUGGUCUUGAGGCCCAUCUCAACACAAGCUUCAAGCAUUACGUUCUCUUCAUCGAUGAGCACAACCUCGCCAGCGGAAAGGACUUCUGGGGACCUUUGGGGGACCUUGUUGACAGUAUGCUGAGGAGCGAGUGA